CACCACGGCUCGCUUUACGGCGCAGCGUGCUGCUGGAGGUCAGGCUCACAGCGAGCUCUUAACUGGGGGGAAACUCCGCCAUCUCGCCGCUAAAACCCACCUGUAGUGUAAACACGCUCUGUAUAAACACCUUGUACCGGUGUUGGGGAGUCCAGCCGCUCAUCGUCGCGUAGUUUUCUCCGGGUCCAGUGUGUUGCUACAGCUCUCUGGUCCCGUGGGCCGGUCCAGCAGCAGCAGCAGCAGAACCCUCGGCUCUCCUCGGCCAUGGACAACAACCCGCAGGGCUCCGGGGGGCUCAAGGGCAGCCUCGGGGGGCUGUUCGGAGGCGGAGGGCCGGAAUACUCCAACACGGAGCUGGCCGGUGUCCCGUUGACAGGAAUGAGUCCUCUGUCCCCUUACCUCAACGUCGACCCUCGUUACCUGGUCCAGGACACCGAUGAGUUCAUUUUGCCAACUGGAGCCAACAAAACAAGAGGAAGAUUUGAGCUGGCUUUCUUCACUAUUGGAGGCUCCUGUAUGACGGGAGCUGCACUUGGAACGGUAAAUGGUUUGAGGAUGGGCCUGAAGGAGACCAGAGACAUGGCAUGGUCCAAGCCACGUAAUGUCCAGAUUCUCAACAUGGUGACCAGGCAGGGAGCUUCAUGGGCCAACUCACUGGGCUCCGUUGCUUUAUUGUACAGCGCUUUUGGUGUAGCGAUAGAGAAGGCCAGAGGAGCAGAAGAUGACAUCAACACAGUGGCCGCUGGCACAUUAACAGGGGUGCUAUUUAAAUCUAGCAGUGGAUUGAAGGGGGCCGCCCGCGGAGGCCUGGCCGGUCUGGCCCUGUCUGGUGCCUACGCUCUGUACAACAACUGGGACCACCUGACCGGCUCCUCGUCCUCCAGCCGGCUGUACUAGACUCUCCACAUCUGCUGCAACCUUAGGGCCAAAUAUCGAGGACACAGCCUUUAACCACAGCUCCAGGAGGACUCUGGUCAAAUGCAGUGUGCUUUCCAGGAUAGAGGGAGGUGGUCUCAGUUUCCCACUAUAACCUCUCACCCACAUGCAUUCUGGGAGUUAAGAGAUGUCUGAAGAAUAAGUUAAGAAAAUAUGGACUAAAUUUCACCUGAAACCCAGACCGCUCGCUUCAUUUGUCUUCAUCCUCAGAGGUGUUCUGAUCCAGUCAGCAAUGAGAACACACUGAGGCUCUCAUGUAAAGGUUUGACAUUUGUUUUAUAAUUGUAUACGGACAGCUUGUCAGUCUUCUUUGAUGUUUGGUUUUAAAUCAGUUAACUUAAGUCACUUGGGUUAAAUGAGUCGAAUUGUGAUGUGACCUCUGAUAUCUGGUGAGUUUCACCAAAAAUGGGUUCUGAUUUUGGGCCGAGAGACUCUUUACACCUGCAAACACAGAGCAAAGCCUUACGGUGUGUUGUGAGUCUUGUAUUUAUUGAAAUGUACAGUGGAUCUGUUUUACAGCCAGAACAAACACACCGCUGUAAAACUAUAGUGACUCGGUGACUCCAUAAAAUCAGCUGUUAUCAACUAAAAUAAAAAAAUGUAAAC